AUGAGUUAUAUUCGUAGUUUCCUUUUGUUACACCCUCAAUCCUUUUGGCCUCUUUUCCUUGUUAUGUUUUUAUGCUUUAUCACUAUUAAAAUGCUAAGAUAUCAUUUGAUGAGUGUGAAGUCUGUAAUACCAAAAUUGCCCCCAGGUCCUAAACCAUGGCCUAUAGUUGGUAACCUUCCUGAAAUGCUUGCAAACAAAUCUCCAACUAGGUGGAUACACAAAAUAAUGGAAGAAAUGAACACUGAUAUAGCAUGUAUCCGUCUAGGAAAUGUCCAUGUUAUCCCUAUUACUUGUCCCAUCAUUGCUCUUGAGUUCUUAAGAAAACAUGAUGCUGAUUUUGCAUCAAGACCAAUAUCCAUGGCCACUGAUAUCAUCAGCAAUGGUUUCUUGACAACAGCUGUUACACCCUUUGGAGAGCAAUGGAAGAAAAUGAAGAAAAUAUUCGUCAACGAACUAUUCUCCCCCCACAAACAUCAAUGGCUCACAAACAAAAGGAAUGAAGAAGCUGAUAACAUGAUGUUCUAUGUCUACAACAAAUGCAAAAAUGUGAAUGAUAGUGGUCUUGUGAAUGUUAGGAUCAUCACGCGACAUUAUUGUUGUAAUUUGAUGAGGAAAAUAGUUUUUAAUACAAGGAAUUUCGGAGAAGGUAAGAAUGAUGGAGGUCCUGGUUUGGAGGAAGUUGAACAUGUAGAUGCUAUUUUCACACUGCUUAGGUAUGUUUUUGCUUUUUGUGUUUCUGAUUAUAUGCCAUCGUUGAGAGGACUUGACAUUGAUGGACAUGAGAGAAAGGUGAAGGAUGCUAUGAGUAUUGUGAAAAAGUAUAAUGAUCCAAUCAUUGAAAGGAGAAUUGAAAAAUGGAAAGAUGGAUCAAUGGCUAGUGCUGAUGCAGAAGACAUACUUGAUAUUCUAAUCUCUCUCAAAGAUGCCAACAACGAACCAUUAUUGACAACCAAAGAAAUCAAGGCUCAAGCUCUAGAACUCGUGCUGGGAGGAGUGGACAAUCCAUCGUAUUCAGCCGAAAUUGCAAUAACAGAAAUGAUAAAUCAGCCCGAGUUACUUCAACGAGCGACUGAAGAAUUGGACAAUAUUGUAGGAAAGCAAAGACUAGUCCAAGAAUCGGACAUUCCAAAUCUCAACUACUUGAAAGCUUGUGUGAAAGAAGCUAUUCGUCUUCAUCCCGUCACAAUUUUUAAUCUUCCCCAUGUCUCAAUAGAGAACAUAGUGGUUGGUAAUUACAUGAUCCCGAAAGGUAGCCAUGUGAUUCUAAGCAAACAAGGACUCGGGCGAAACCCAAAAGUUUGGAAUGAACCUUACAAAUUUAAACCAGAACGCCAUCUGAAAAAUGAUGGAUCUAUGGUAGUUUUGGCGGAACCAGAUUUGAAGUUGAUAUCGUUUAGUACCGGAAGACGUGCUUGUCCUGGAAUUGUGAUCGGAACCACAAUGACUGUGAUGUUAUUGGGUAGAUUGCUCCAUGGCUUCAACUGGAGUGAAGCUCCUAAUGUAUCAACCAUAGAUCUUCUCAAAUAUUCCAAUGGUGAUAGAUACAUUGGAGGGCCACUUGUAGCAAUAGCAAAGCCAAGAUUGGCAGCAGAAUUGUAUCAACCAUAA